GCACGCGACCCGGCGUAGGCAGAGGGUGCGAGAGUGAGGGGAGAGCUGCGGGAUCGCAAAGCAACUUUAUUUAUUUAUUUUUUAACUUUUGUAUAAAGUUUCCAUAUACUUCAUUUGUUCUUUCUAGCCACCAAAACUAAAGCUUUUAAUAUGGAAGGGAUGCAUGUGGAGGAAUGGGGCAAAGAUGGAAAGGAGAUGGCCGUGUUCGACGGGCAGCAAGCGCGUUUGGGGCGGGGGGAGCAGCGCGGGUACCCGCACGACCUGGCACUCAUGGACAGCAGCGACCCACGCGUCUGGCUGGCUCCCGUGCAGCCUGGCACCUGCGCGGCACACGCCGACUACCUGCUGCACUCUCCCGGGUCCAGCGUGGAAGGCGUGUCCCCCCCUCCUGCUGGUCAGGAAUCGGGCUGUAGGAAGAGUACCAAAAGCCCAGUCAAGGUGCGCGAACUGUGUCGGCUCAAGGGGUCUAGAGGAGCGGAUGAGACCCGACAAAGAGCUCCAUCCAGCAAACCAGCCAACGUCGUGCAAAAACAAAGGCGAAUGGCAGCGAAUGCACGGGAGAGGCGGCGGAUGCACGGGUUAAAUCAUGCGUUUGACGAGCUCCGCAGUGUGAUCCCAGCUUUCGACAACGACAAGAAGCUCUCCAAGUACGAGACUCUACAGAUGGCACAAAUCUACAUCAACGCACUCUCCGACCUGUUGCAGGGUCCGGGAGGAAAGGUGGAUUCGCCAAAGUGUGAAGUCUUGUCCACCACAACUUACGAAGGACCCGACAAUCCUUUAGGACAGUCCUCUUCUUCUUGUCGGAGAGGAACGGGGACGGGAUACUCCGUCCACCUCAGCUCGAUGCCAUUCCCCUACGAAGACAGAGCCUUGACAGCACUGAUUGGCCAGGAGGGGCUAUGUCCCUCGGGGACACUCAAGUCCAGUUCCGAGGGCAGCAAGGACUCGCCUCGGUCAAGCCGCAGCGACGGAGAAUUCUCCCCACAUUCACACUUCAGUGAUUCGGAUGAGGCACAUGCGGAGCUACAGAGCGAGGACGAACUCUCUGAACUAAAGAUCCCAAGCCAACACACUUUCUAACCCCGAUGCCCCUCACUAACAGACAGACAGACUUUUAUGUCAUCCGUGCGUUUCUUUCUUUCUUUUUUUAGCCUGCUUAUAUAUGCCCUCUGUUUCACGUCGCCGCUUACAUGUCCCCACGUUUGUAUUUGAGGGUUACCGCAUAUUUUUUUUAUAGGUUUUGAUCGUUUAUGUUUGGUAAUUCUGUUCUGCCAAUUGUCCAUCUGCCGAUGGCAUAGAGGAGAUCGCUCUGCCAUGUCGAAACUGCCACGGGCUCUCAGAUGUCAUGUUCAAAAAGCUGUCUUCCAAGAAAAGUCGCCGGAACCUGUUCAUGGUCGCAGUGACAUGCUUACGUAUUGCCUUACAUUGUCCAUCAUUAUUAUUUUUAAUUUUUGUCUCUGUACUUCUAAAGUUAACGCGUGCACUUUACAUAGAGCCAGAGGCUUGAGAAACUAAAAACUAUAACGUUAUAAAAUGAGAAUUCUUAUAAAAACACUACUGCCAAUUUGAUACAUAUAUUUAAUGUAGAUAUUAGUUCUCUCGUUUUUUUGUUAUUCAUUUGUAAAGAAUUUUUGUGUCUUGCUUUUCCUUGGGAACAACGGAGGUAUUUAUUUCUGUGUUGGUUUUGUUCUGCCUUUUUACAUUAAUGUUGCAUUUGCUGAAGGUUACCAAUUCGCCAUUGAUUUAUGCUCCCUUUGAUUUAUUAGAAUAAAUGAGCAAAGAAACAUCA